GUUGAUGGCUCAACAUUUCUUUCUCUGUACCAUUAUCGUUCAAAAAUUAUAUACAACCCGAGCAAGUCUCUGAUUGUAUAUUUGAUAUUCAACCCAAGCAAACUGAUGGCAUUUUAGAUAAUCAACCCGAGCAAGUCUCUGAUGGCAUUUUAGAUAAUCAACCCGAGCAAGUCUCUGUAGACAAAUGGGACGAUCAGCGCGAGCAAGUCUUUGAUGGCAAAUGCAAUGAUCAACCCGAGCAAGUCUCUGAUGGCAGUUUAGAUAAUCAACCCGAGCAAGUCUCUGAUGGCAUUUUAGAUUAUCAACCCGAGCAAGUCUCUGAUGGCAUUUUAGAUAAUCAACCCGAGCAAGUCUCUGAUGGCAUAUGUGAUGAUCAGCCUGAGCAAAUCUCUAUUAUGAUGACUUACCAAGAGUCUGCUCGAUCAAACUUUUUUUUCUUUGAGUCAUUGCUUGACUCUGUGAAUUACCAUUGAUGACUUACACCCUCGUGAUCAAUGUGUACAUCUUUCUUAUCUACCAUAAGGUCGUGUAUUUCACAGCAACCUUCCCUUAUUUGGUGUUGUUUGUUCUGUUAAUAAACUGUGCCCUGUUAGAUGGGGCUGCGGAUGGUAUGAGUUACCUCUUUAAACCUCGCUGGGAACUCCUCAAACAAGCUUCGGUAUGGGAAGCUGCAGCUGCUCAAAAUUUCAACUCCAUUGGGAUUGCCUUUGGGUCUAUGAUAGCACUGUCUAGUUACAACGAAUUCAAGAAUCGGUCUAUAGUGAGAGAUACUCUUACUAUAUGUGGGAUCAACAGUUUUACCAGUAUAUUUGCUUCUUGUGUGAUCUUCUGUGCUUUGGGUUAUAUUUCCAAGAUUCAAGAAGCUGACAUUGAUGAUGUGGUGGUAUCAGGUCCUGGUCUAGUAUUUGUCACCUACCCAGUUGUAUUCAACACCAUGCCUGUACCUCAGUUGUGGGCUGUACUCUUUUUCCUCAUGUUAGUCUGUCUCGGAAUAGAUAGCCAGUUUGCCAUGGUUGAAGUGGUUGUUGCUACCUUCAAUGAAGGUUUUCCUAAACUUCGUCAGUUCUACUUCAAUCGCAAAGAGAUCCUGGUCCUCUAUAUAUGUGUUAUCUCCUUUCUCCUUGGUCUUCCUAAUAUCACCAGGGGAGGAAUGUACUUCUUCCAGAUCAUGGAUUGGUAUACUGCUGUCAUCUCUCUCUUCUUUGUUGCCAUAGGGGAGGCUAUAGCUGUAUGCUGGGUUUAUGGUGGGAAUCGGCUGGCAAAGAAUAUUGAGGCCAUGACAGGAUCCUAUCCAAACAUAUACUUCAGAGCCUGUUGGUUGGUUAUCUCACCAGUUCUCAUUCUUGCUAUUCUGAUCUUCACAAUUGUGGACUAUGAACCCGUGACGUAUGGUAACUACAUCUACCCUGCCUGGUGCCAAGGCCUGGGUUGGUGUGUGGCUCUUCUGUCCAUCAUGUGUAUGCCCGUUGGAGCCAUACAUACAUUGGCUACUUCCAAGGGAUCUAUGAAAGACCGCCUGCUGAAUAGUCUCAAGGCUGACUUUGAUGAUGAAACUCACAUCAAAGAAUGCGAAGGAUUCGACUAUGACAUUGAGAUGACCUCCAAGCCCCCAUCUUAUGACAUGGUUGUUGGUAACGUUGCCUAGAUAUAGAGAAAGUGGUUUUACAUUGUCUAGUCUGUAUUCCAGUCUAUAGUUUCGCUUAAACCAUAUUCUAAGUCUAUACUAAUGUUAUGUGUAGCCAAAGGUUGUUAACACUUUUAAUUUCUUAUGGAUGCUUGGCUCUUUUUUUACCUUAUUGGUAAAAAUCUAUUGUAUUUAACAUUUUCACACAUUUCUUUAAACUAUCAUAGUACCAAGUGUAAAAUUGACCAUCUACUCUUAUAGGCUUGUGAUGUAUUUUGGCAAACCAUAGUUUCAAAUUACAGAUUUAGGCUAUAGUUUAAGUUAAAUCUGAGUUCAGAAUAUGGGCCUCCCAUUCAGGGUCCCAUUGUUUAAAGAAUGGGACUGAAUAAAUUCAUUCUUAAUUUGGUAAGCCAGCAGUGCCAUAAUUCAUAACAUCUAGAAGAUUUAUGCACUGUCCCAUUGAGGGACAUUGUCCCAUAGCACGAUAUGAAGAUGACAUUUUAACUAUCAUGUCAUUGAAUCCACAAUGAAUGAUGAAUAAUCAUCACAUCUCGCUCUCGUAAUGUUUUUUUCAAAAAUGAGAUUUUCUAAAAGCAAGGUAUUUGAGUUUUUUUUACAAAAUGGGAGAUGAUAUAUGAAGUUUUGCAAUACAUAGUUGAUGAUAACUAAUGAUCACAUAACCUUGGUUCUCUAAAUAGAUAUAACUAAAAUGAGCGUACACGACUGGUUACGGUGAUAUAAAAUCGUUGAAAGAUUAAAACUUUUUAGUGAUGUGCAAUGUAUAGAAUAGUAGAUUAAAAUAGAAUUGUGAAAAAAAAUAUUUAACAUUGGUUUGAUAUAACAGUAAACAAUACUUUAAGAUUUUAUCACUUGCAAGCCAAUUAUAAGAGGUAAUUGAAGAAAAAAAUAAUAAUUUCAUUCAUUGAUUUGUUAAUUGGGAAAUGAUUUAUAUGCAACCAUCCCUUAUAUUUUUCAACAAAUUGAAAUACUGCGACAAUAUGAUAAUACUAAUUGAGGAUGCAUAUCUUUCAUGAUUAUACCUGUAACAUGAAUCAAUAAUAUUAAUGAUAAUACAUAAGACUUGUAUCGUGCACUUUCCAUCUUGAUUAGAUGCUCAAGGUACUUCAGAGCAGAACAACAACAAAAACAAAUUAUUUAUGAUAUAUGUUUGAACAAUAAGUCGAUGUCUGUCAAAAAGCACUCCUAUACAUGUUUGUUUUCAAGUUGCCCCUGAAGGUGGUCCGAUAAUGUUUAAUCAAACUGCCUUUGUGAGGCUGAUGGUUGUUAAACUUUCAUUCCAAUAUGACAGAAUAGACACUUUUAAUAGACAUCUCAAAAAGUUAUAUUUCUUUUCUGAACAUGCUUGUGCUGGUCUUGUUAAGUGAUCCAAAGCAAGAUGUGCUCUUGGUGUCCAAUUUUUAAUGUAUUUUAUCAUUAAAUUAAAGCUCAUGUUUUAUCUUAUGCCUUCACAGCAGAGUGAAGUAAUAUUCAUAUCGUUCAGAAAUAUGUCUUUCAUCCUCCAAAUGCUGACGUAAUUAUGUGGUGGGAAUGAAAAGUGUGAAUUGUAUUCUUGUGUCGUCAUAUGACGUCUGAGAGUCUGAAGACCUUUCAUUGUGAAAUUUUCCCUGAUCUUAUUUCCAUAGCUAUUUUUUAUAGAGAAGGACAUUAUUGUAUUUUUAUAAGUCUGCCAGUACAAUACAGAAAUCAUGUAUGAAUUUAAAAUAGGAGUUAUAAAACCAUGCAUUUACCUUUUUAUGGAUUCAAAACUACCAGUAGAAGUUAACCUAAGGAUAAAAUUAUGAAAAGAAAUUAAUUUGUUGAAAAUAAUUAAAAUACCUUGAGAAAGACGACACAUUAGAACUAUGUACAGUAAAUUUUGGUUGAUAAUGAAACUAAUGUUGAUGAUAACAGUACCAUAAUGUUUAGAAGGUUCUCGGAAUUCCAUUGUCACGUUUUAGCCGGCAAGGCAAUAAUUUUCGGUUGCCACUCUCUACCCAUGUUUCAACAUUUUGAGCAUGUAAGAAAUGUGUUAGCAUAGAAUGCUCCCCAGGGUGUGGAGAAGUGAGUAUAUUUCAUAGCCGCAUUUUGGUUGGCAACACAAUCAUUUUCAUUUGAAUGGGCCCGUGGUCGAUUGUUAAUGUUUGAACUACAUGUGGUUUUAUCAACAUUUUGAGCAUUUGAGAAAUGCAGUAGGAGCAUAGAAUGCUCCCCAGGGUGUGGAAAAUGUUGUACACUGAACGUGAGCAAGCAAACAUUUGCUAUGUAUAAAGUGCAUCGAUGAUCGUAGAUCAUUUUUCUACAAUAAAUUGCAUUGACUACAAUGAAAAUCAAGUGUAUGAUUAAUUGUUAACCUUUGUGGUAUGGUACCCUAAUACAUCUAUGAUGUAUUAUCUCUUAUGCCUUACAAGGCAGAGUGUAAUUAUUGUUAAUAAAUGUUUUUCUUUUUUGCAUGAUAAGAUAGUUUAAAGAAUAUUCAGCUUAGAAAGCCAACUGAAUUUGUUUUAGCACCAACCAUGGGUUACUACAUAGUCAAUAAUGGCCAUAUGUAGUGUUAGACUUUUUCUGUGUAGUCUUUCAUGUGUAUAUAUUUUUUUUCUUGUUAGGAUGUAAUAUGCACUCUAAUUCAGUACAAAAGUUGACUGUGAAGUGGAUUUGUAAAUGUAAUAGAUUUUUUUUCUACUAGUGUUCAAGUUAUGUAUAUUUUGCUGUUGAUGUAAUCAGAGCAACAGUUUGAUUGUUGAUGUAAUGAUAAACAGGGUAAAAUGUGAUAUCAGAGUUCAAAGUACACUGCGCACACACUACAUGAUCAGACACGAGACCUUAGAGCUGUUUCAUUGAUCUUAAAAUCAUGGAAAAGUACCUAAAUAUGUGUGAAUGUCUUUUAGCACAAUCUCAUUUCUUACUGUGCACAGUGGUAGUAGCAGAAGUAGGAGCAGUAGCAGUGGCAGCAGCACCAGUAGCAGCAGCAGCAGUAGUAGAAGUAGCAUACCUCUCAGUCCUAUGCUGUGAUGUGCUAUUCUGCUUGCAACCAGGAAUUUAUGAGUGAUCGUUACUCACAUUUAACCCCCCCCCCCCAACUUUGUAGCAAAUGACAAUUGAAUUCUCUCAUGUUAGGUCUAAUGAAAUCAAAAGAUUGUUCUGCAAAUAUUUUUUUAGUAAAAUCGACUCCAAUCUAACCCUACCACAUAACUUACACGACAUCUUUCCACUUCAGAAUUUAAUUUUCAUGCCAAUAAUGGACCUGUGCAAGGAUGCUCGCAGCUGCCUUGAGUUUAACUAAAAACUUUAAAACAUCCAUACUAUGAUAUAGUACUUGGACCAAUGUAGUUUUCCAUAUUUGAAUGUUUUAAUUACAAUGCUACAUAUUUUUUUCUAAAAUUUUGCGUCGCUGUCAGAUUGUGUAGUGUGUGGUUGGCUUUAAGUCUCUUUUUCUUUCUUUGUCUUAGAAAAUGAAUGAUUUGUAUAAUUGCCUGUAUCAGGCAUACAGAGACGAUUAGGAGUUCUCAGGUUAAUCUUUCUGUAAAGUAAUUUGGGAUUACAAUCAAGGAAAUCAAUACUAUUGUAUUGUCUUGUCUGCUCACCAUCGUGGUGUUGAGUUUGUGCAUGCAUUGUAUGCUGAAAAGGCUGAUCAAAUGUGAUCAAGAAAAUGACAAUAAUCCUUAAGUGCUUAUUUACUAUGUCUUUAUCACCUUACAAAUAAGUAGUUAUUAUAGAGCUGCGAUUGAUUAGAAUAUGUCUCGUGUAUGGAAAGUGUAUGGAAAGUUACACCAUAAUUAGUUUGUCUUUCGCACAUUUUCUAAUAAAAUUAUAUAUGAUGAAGAUUUACAGUACAAAUCAUGUUUCAAAUGAUUUCAAAUUACAUGCAUUUUGUUCUGGGAUGUACAUGUAGCUGUAGUUGUGUGAGCCCAUAUGACAUACUAUGCAUAUAACCAUUAUCUUGACUUCAACGGGGCUGAUAAUAAAUUCAUGUGGUCCUAAUUUGGCCCAUGUUGAAGCAGUUUCAACAAAAUUUGUGCAGUGGAUGUUUUUCAUCAUGCUCCUCCAACAUGUAUUUUAAAAUAUAUGAAGCGAAGCAUAUGCAAGAAAACAUGUUUAUGACAUAGUACAUAUCAAAGUUAACACAGUCAUAAAGAACUAAAUAGAGCAUUAAGAGUAAAAUUAAUAUCAGUGAGAAAUUAAAGGCAGCUUCGAAAGUAUCAUAAAUAUUUUUCGUAUUUCAAAGUUUUGGAGGCAUCAAAAGACAUAAUUGCAUGAUUUGAAAACUAUACGAACAAUUUCAGAGGCUUCCCAAGCCAUAUUGAGACAGUAAUGAAAGUGUUUAUUGUUCAUAUUUGAUGACAAUUUUUAUGCUAUUGCAAUCGGCUUGGGAAAUGAUGAUUUUAAAUCUUCUCCAAAGGUGAUUUUGUUGAUAACGAUAUUUGCCUGUAAUGCCAAAAGGGCUUAACUCAUCGAGUUGGUUUUGACAAAAUGGGAAUCUUAAGUGAUCAGGGCUCCGUAACACAAAGAUUAGCGAUCAAUCGCUAAAUGAACUGACCAAUCGACAUCAAUAUUACACGGCAUUUGGCGCAAAAUACCGACCAGGAACCAAUCAGACGUGUUCUCUCAUAUUUGCUAUUUAUCGCUAAGCUUUGUGUUACAGGACCCUGGUACAUGUAAGUGUAUCAUGGAGCAUCUUGUUGGUGGUUUGCACAGACACCUUUGCUCUGAGCCAAUCAGAUGCAAGGAUUUCUGUAGCUUAUAACAGUUGUCAGUGAACACGGAUUGCUCAAACACCGAGUCGUCAUGUCUUAACUAGUUUUGGGUUUGUGCAAAUCAAUUUGUUAAACAUAAUUUCAUCCCCUUGUCUUAACACUCAUAUGCAGGCUUGUCAUUGUUUGUCAAAAUGAAAUGAAAGAAACUUAGCAUUUAAAGUGCAAGAAAAAAUAACGGUUGACUAUGUAUUUUAGUGCAUAGGCCAUCCUUUUUUUAUAUUGUUAUAUGUAAAGAAGUAAUAUUGAAUCUAUAGUAAUGUUUUGAUCAUUAAUAUAAAUAAUGCUAUAUAUAGAUUUGAAAAAUCCUUAAAUAUGACCUGAAAUGUGAUUUAGUAAUCACACCAUUAUGCAUGCAAUAACCUCACUUGGUGGUUGUUGUGUUUAUUUCUAUAUUAUAUCAUAUAACUAUAUUUUCAAGACACCAUAUAAGAUGAGCAUUAUUUCUGUGAUCUUGUGGCGUAGUAAUGGUGACUGUAAAGAAAAAAAAAUCCCAAAUGGAAAAGAUGUCACAAAAGAAUCAUAUCAGUAAAAGAUGGCAGGGAAUUAGAAUAGGACCACCCUUUUCCUAAAACUACAUAUAUAUCAAUAUAUUUCCUUAUCAAGUUUUCAUAUGGUUUUUAAUCAUGUGCAGUGAAUUUUGAAAACACAUUUCUACAGCCAAAGGUAAAAUUGGCUUCAGAAUCAUUCCUUAUCAAUUGUUUGGUGUCAGUCAAAUGUGAUCAACCACUCUUAUUAAUGUUAAAGUUUCAGAUUAAGAAUUUGGGCACUCAAAGAUCACCAAUGGAUGAGUCACCAUACAUGUAGAUAUAAUUUCAGGAUUUUUUUUCGAAAUGUAGGUUUCUAUACCCAUUUUGUACUAUUAUUGUUUUCCAUUAAAAAUAGACAGUUCAACGUCA